UACAGAAUUUCAUUUGAAUUCAAAUAAACAUAUGUAUAUUUAAUGAUGUGUGAGAGCAGAAAUCAUUGUGAACAACGGCUACCAAAGAAGCAAUUGUAGACUAUUGGAGGGAAGGUUUGAGCAGAGUUUGGUCUCUCCUGGUGACCAUAGUUUGGCUCGCAUUCAGAAAUGCUGCAAUAUGUGACUGCGCCCUUGAACAGGCCGCGGCUAGACAAGCAGCAAGAGGCUUCACACCGAGUACAACCUCCACCAUGAAUCGCCUACUGAAGCUGCCCCGGCUGGCUACCAGCGCCUUCAGCACAACAACCAAACAGAUGAAGAACAAGGUGCCAGAUCAUCAGAAGCUAUUCCAGGCGGACAACGGCUUGCCAGUCCACAUCAAGGGAGGGACCACUGAUGUCCUUCUCUACCGUCUAACAAUGUCCAUCACCCUCGCAGGCACCGGAUACUGCUUAUUCUGGAUUCUAUGUGCCUGUCAGCCUAAGGGCAAAUGAGGAAGCCCUGCUAAUGCAUGUGUUUAUUGUUUAAAUCAAUUCCACUUUAUGAACUUCUUCUAAUGUCAUGGUACAAUUUCUGUACAGAAUAAAUCUCUCCAUUAUGCCUCUGUCUCAAGGCAAGCCUGAA